AUGCUUCGGCUCGCGCUUUUCCUCUGCCUGCUUCCGGUUUUUUAUCAGGUUGCUGAUGCUGGGAUCAACAUCAAAGCCUCGCAGGUGGUUGUCGCCCCCCGGCCGGCGGCGCGCAUAAUCUGGGUCCCGAACCCGAACUACAAGACGACCACGUGCAAGCCAUCGACGACGACGCCAAAGCCGACGACGACCACGACGACUCCGACGACGACGACAAACUACGACGACCACCAUCACGACAACUACGACAACUACGACGACUACGACGACUACAACGACUUCAACGACAACCACUACGAUUACUACGACCACUACGACAACUACGACCACGACCACGACUACAACAACGACGACAACAACGACGACAACGACGACAACGACUACUACGACUACCACUACGACCACUACGACCACUACGACGACUACGACCACGACGACGACUACUACUACUACUACGACUACUACUACCACCACCACCACGACGACCAUCCGCCGCGUGUUCUCCCCAAUUCCCGU